AUGGGGAAGUCCAAAAUGAAAGGAUAUAGGCUUAAGGUGGUGAACGUCAUAAGUUUGGACAGCGCUGUUGAAGGAAACUUGCUAGUUGCAUGUGUUGCUGCCGUGCUGUACUGGUUGAUGUUAAAGGUGGCAGAGGGCAGAUGCUUAGAGAAAUUUGGUGAUGGUAAUGCUGUCAAGGCAUUGCUGCUUCUUGGAGAUGUUAAUGCGAGUGUUUCCCUCAUUUCAGUUGACAGAUCUCGUCAGUCUCUGGUGAGCCCUUCCAGUAAUAUCCGCCGAACGUCAUCAUUGGAUACGCUUGCAGCUCCCUACCUCACUGGUCAGUGGCCACGUGAUGUGCACAGCCAUUCUGCUCCUUGUGUGAGAGAUAAAGCCACACAGACUCCAAGUGCCUGGGCAGAAGAGAGCUCUGAAAAGAAGGGAUCCCACAAACGCUCUGCAUCCUGGGGAAGCAAUGACCACUUGAAAGAGAUCGCGAAAUUGCGUCAACAGCUUCAACGGAGCAAACAGAGCAGUCGACACCACAGAGAAAAAGAGAGACAAUCUCCUUUCCAUGGCAACCAUGCAGCAAUUAUCCAAUCACAGCCGCAAGAUACUCCAGAUGGUCAUCGUGCUCCGUUUCCUGUACAGCAGCGAAGCAGUAGUACCCGCAGUAUUGACACUCAGACCCCAUCAGGAAUGGACCGGAGCAGUACCAGCAGCAGCCGAUCCCAGUCUGUUUCACCAACAUUCCUCACCAUAGCCAAUGAAGGCAGUGGAGAGAGCCCAUGCUAUACUGAAGAUCUGCUUACGGAUAGCCGAGAGAAAGAAAGUGGAACUAGCUCUCCAUUACCUAAGUAUGCCUCCUCUCCGAAGCCAAACAAUAGUUAUGACUUCAAACGGGAACCACCAGAAGGCUGUGAGAGGGUGAAAGCCUUUGAGGAAACUUCACCAAAGCAGCUGCACGAGAUUCCUCAAUUCUUCUGUCCAGAUAAAAAUAAAGUGAACUUUAUCCCAAAAAGUGGCUCUGCUUUCUGUCUGGUCAGUAUCUUGAAGCCACUCCUGCCCACGCAAGACCUUACUCUGAAGGGCUCCAAUCACGGUCUCAUAGUUCCUGCUGCAGUCAUACCUACAGUAUCGCUGGCACAACCUAUUCCUUUGCCAACACAUAUGGAGCAAGAUAGAAUUUCAAGGGGAACCUGCAUGGGCCACCUGCAGGCAUCGGUACACCAGCAGUCAGCGCAGACAGAAGAGUUGGAGAAAUGAUCCAGUGAAGCGGGCCUUCGCUGGGAAGACCUACAACAAAGUCACAUAUCUGCAGCUCUACAACUUGGCAAUAAGGUUUCAAGCCCAGGGUACAGGCAAAGGUGGGCUGGGGACAGGGGAUGUAGGGGUUUACAAUUAACCCAACAGCAAAAUUUACUAAUUGCCUUCCAUUAGCAGAGUGUAGACCUUUUCACAAUGGGAGGUUAUUCUGCUAUGGUGUAUGAUGUUUGUCAUACUGUUCUUUACAUGUGUAUGUUCCCCCAUUCAGGCAUGGACUAAUCUGUGGAAGGCCGCAACUUUGAACAAGGCAAUUGGACAGAAUUUUACUUGAAAGGACUACAGCUGUCACUAUUUUCCCCCUCCUUUGUGGAGCCUUAUCUUUUAAUGGUUCCUGUUCUGUUUACAUUUAAAUAAAGAUUAUAUAUAUAUAUAUAUUAUAUACAAGGUUAAUAUUUCCAAGUUAAUCAAAGGCAAUUGAAAGCCUGCUUUACACUAGUGCAACACUUGAGUGCUACAGUAGUUCUGUUCUCAGGAAAUUUUCCUCAUUUCAUUUGUGCUCAUGUAUAUUUGCUGUAUUAUUGGCCAAUUUCACAUGAGAAAGCUUAACCCGAUAAAGUGGAGAUCUCUCAGACAGGUCAUUACGCUGUAUGGAGUAUUGCUGUUAUGUCCAUGUUAAGACACUAGCAGUACUGGAAGUGGAAGCAGCGAUAGUGAGUGAAACAGUAUUAAAACUCUUCAUUCUCUAUGCCCCUCUUGCCCUUUCUCAUCCUCCACUGAAUGUUGACUACGGUGAUCAUACCAAUGUAAACUGAGCUUGUGGGUUAUUGUUGCUAGAUAAUAUUUUGUCUGUCCCCACUGCCUUUAAUGAUGCUCCUUAUUGUGCUUUUGCUUGAAACUACUCAAUGUGCUGAGCCCUAAUGGAAUUUAUUUUUGUCUUGGUGUUCAGCCACAAUUUUAAAUCCAAAUGUUGAAAAUUUAAGGUGGUGAUUUUGUUUUUGGCAAUUGGCUGCAAAGAAACACCCCUGAUACGUUAAAAUGCUUAAUAUUCUUGGGGGAGUGAGAAAAUCUUUGCACCUUUUCAGAAUGUGCAGUUUUAUAGUGUGUCUGUACUCUUCUACAUCCUGCCUCCCCUUUCUACUACUACCAUCUUUUAUUUGGAGGAUGUUCGGAGUGGUGGGGGGGGGGGGGAAACCAAUCAAUUUCACUAUUUAUUGAACAAAGCCAUUUUUGUAUUAUAAUGUUGAAAUUAACUUUGCUUAUAAAGGUUGAGAAUGUGGGAAAUUUAACCUUGAGUGUGAAGUUCGCCUACACUCUCGCCUCCCUAUCGAUCACUAAAAAUGUUUCCUCUUCAGAUGGUUGAAGCACUCGAGGCUCAUUAACUCAUUAUCUGGAUUGACAUUUUCCCAAGUAAGGGAAAAUGUAGCGAGUCCAGAUCAAAUGUGAUUUAAUUAAAUGGCAUAACAGACCUGAAGAGCUGAUAGACCAGCUCCUGUUCCUACAAUUUGGGUGAGGAUCAGUUUUUGUAAAUUGUUUUUACAUGCUGUUUGGUAAAAUAUAUGUCCCAUCCUGUCAAUUAGCGUGAAGAAGUUGGCACUGAGUUACCAGCUCCUGUUUUCUUUUAAUUUGUGUUCAUUUCUACCAGAGUUUUUUGGAUUGUGUAUUCAUGCAUGUUAUAGCUGAAGGUGCACGCAUUGAAGGCGAUCAUGCAUUUGUGUGAACGGGAGAUGCACUGUCUGGGUGCACUGUAGAAUUUGCAUGCUCCUUGUUGACAGGCAUAUGGUGUGUGCAACCUUGAAUCUGGGAGGGAUCCCUUCCUUUCACAUAUUCAGGAAGUACUGACUUCAAUAGCCAGAGACAUUGCAGGAAGCAUGCUUUUUCUUCAUAGAUCAUAAUAAUCUAAUAGCCUGUGAGAUAAUACACAGUGUACUGUAUGAGAAACCUUUCCUUUUUCUACUAGAAUCUUGCCACCCUUACAGAUGGAAUCUCUAAUUUGAAAUUUAUUUUAAAAAUAGCAACUGUUAUACAGCUUUCAGAGGUUGAGUAUUGCUGACCUAGGCAUUACAUUUUGUUCCAGCUGCUGUAGCGGAUUUAUUGCAGAGAGGUUUUUUUUCAUAUCUUGAAGAUAUGAUUCAAAGUAAGGGGAGCCUACCUUUAGUAAGUAGAUAUUGUAAGUAAGUGUUAGUGACAGGUUGAAUUGAGGUGGAAGUUCUAUUUUGGAAAGAAUACGGUCUGUUAUAGGAUUUAAUCUUUGAGUAAUCUUUGGACCAAUUGCCUUAUGAAAUGAGCUUUGCGCAAUGACUGAGCUUUUGAUAAUGGUGCCUUUCAUCUUGAAUUUAAAACUAUAUAAAAAAAAGUUGCUCACAGCCCAGGGCAGCCAUGAAAGUGAGAGCUGUGUACUGGUAACAGAGGAAUUAGAGCAAAUUGGAAAAUGUAUGGACUAAAGUUUUGAAAAGGGGUCUCCUUUUCUCCACUGCCUCUGGUGCCUGGAUAUCAUUGCUUUAGCUUGACCUGAAUUCAACUAGUUUGAGUGUGUAUGUGCCAGCAACUCAUGUCACCUCUUGAGACUGACAGUAGUCUAUCCUAAUAUAGUUUUCUCUUUUUAAAAGUUAACAAUUAAAUGCUUUCCAAUCUUUGGUUUCAAUUUCCAUUUCUCAUGAUUCCUGAAAUAUAGAAAGAUGAUGUGACCAAUUUCACAAGCCUACUUCUUUAAGUGCCCUUGUGGUAUAUCAGGCCCAGUGUCAUUUGCUUUUUUUGACUUGCUCAACAUUUUUAUCAGUGCAUCCCUGCGCCUCAUCCCUCAUUCCCUUUCUAAAGAAAGGAGCUUUUUUUCUUAGGAGAUUGCCAAUGCUUUCCUUUUGUGAACACAGCAAAUAUUCUUUUAUAAUAUUUACUAUUCCCUGAUUACUUGACUUUGUCACCAUUGAGAUUGCUGAUUUGCUGCACUGUUUUUCUACAUGUUUGCAAAUGUAUUGAUCAAAACAUUGACAAUUUUAAUAUUCUUUGCUAUCCUGGCCUCCUGUUCUAUUUUUGCUGUGCUCACCAGUUUCUUAGCCUUUCAUUUAUUUACCUUGUUUUGCUGUGUUGUUGGCAGUUUAUGCUGUAUGAGCUUAAGAACAGGAGUAACUAUUAGCCCUUCAAAGCUGUUUUGCUGUACACCAUAGAUGCUGCCCGACCUGUUGAGUACUUCCAACAUUUCUUUUAUUUAUGAAAUGUAACUCCCAUACUUUUCACUUCAAACUCCCUUGAGUCAAAAGCUAAUAUUCUAUUAAUUGUUUUGAUUACUUUUAGUGAUUUGUGUACAUCCGUUUUAAAAGUAACCACUUCUGUUUGCCAUCACCCAGUGGUUAUUGUUCUCUCCUUUUCCUUAAUCCUUGUACCCCUCCUUUAAAUGUUCUGAAUGUUCUCGUAUCACCAUUUUGGCAUGCACAUUGAUUGCUCCAUAUAAAACAAACUGAACGCACUCCUUAAAUGGGUGAGGUUCAUGGUUGCUAAGCUCCUCGUGCCAACUGUGCUGACUCUUGUGAUGUCAAGGAAUCUGUCCUGUGCAUUGCGAUGGACAAGCAAUAAGACAUUCCAAAUGAGUAAAUAAAUGACUACAGUACUGUGUUGGAGUGAAAUGUUUGCUGUACCUGUUACUAUAACUGGACCAUUAUAAUGUGGUAAGGAAAGUUAUGUGAAAUGUUUGUACACGCCAGAAAGAACCAGUCACAUUAAUUGAGCAUUUUAUUUCAGUGUUUCACCACUAAAACCUCUCUUCGGUUAGUCAUUCAUGUCCUGCUCAACUUGAGGAUUGCAUGGAGACAAGAGCCAUUGAUGGAUGAUCUGAAGUAUAAAACCUUUCCACUUCUCAUUAAUUAAAAGUGAUGUUCUCAUGUGAAAGAGGCCUUUUCUUACCCAAACUGGGUGAAUUCAGUCAGACUCUCCUCAAUGUUUUUAAAAAGUCUUAAAAUUGCAAAUGCAUUUUUCAGAGAUUUGGGGUAAAGAAAACUGUUUUAUUGUUAGUAUGUUUGGAAAAAGUUAUAUGGUAAAUGUAAUGUCUAUUUUCUAAAUCCUUUUCUUAUGCUGAGCUUUGUGUACUAGGUCUAGGAAUACUCUCUUGGAUUUCAAGAUCAAUGUUAAAAUUAUUACUGCAACAAUCUGAGUAACACAUUAGACUAACUUGUUUCAGAGACACUGGAUCUGUUGCCCUAACAUAAGGGAAAACCCUAUGUUUGAAGUUUUUAGAAAAAGCAAGAUUGCAUUUUUGUACUGCCUUGUACCCCCUGAGGAUCUGUCACAGAGCUCCUCCUCCAAUGAGUUACAUCUGUUAACUGUGUACUCAUUUGGUUUAAUAUCACUUAAUGUUUUCUGUGCAGCUUUGCCUAAGACCUGUUACAGCACACCAUCCUUGAUGCUAACUGAAGUGUCCCUAAUAAAUCAGGAGUAGUUUGAUGGCUCCAGCACUGCAAAAGAGAGGAAUUAAACAGAUAUUCAUAUUGUUAUUUGUUCCUCAAAUUUGAAGGUUAUGUUAGCCUCUAGCAGAGAAAUAAAGCUUAGUUUGGACUUUAAGAAAAAUAUCAGGUAACUACGUUCUCACUGGGCUAGGCCAGGAGGUGUAUUGAGUUUAGUUGUAUCACUAAUGAGCAAAAAUGUUUCUUUAACAACUUUAUACCUGAUUUUGAGGGUUUUUCCUCUUGAUAAUGUGCUAUAAACCAACUUGUUGGUACCUCCUGCCCUGCCUGUGAUUGACUUUUCUCCCCACAUCUCUCCAUUUUCUGUUUUUCUCUUUUUGUUUUAUUCUUUCCCUCUUUCUUACCCCUUCAUCAGAAGAUUUUUCCUGCCUCUGGUGAAACAACUGAGAUUGUGAAAUGGAGAGGUGAGUGGAUUGUGAACACCAGGCUGCAGCUAUUGAGAUCAUAAUCCCAGCUUUAACCUUGGCCCGGGUAGUAAUUGCUGUAUAUAAUGAAACAAGAUGAGAUCAUAUUCAGAUCUGCCCUUAUCUGGGGCAAGUUGUUAGGUGGGAACACAAAGUGGUACUUGCUAGUGGACUUUUCUACAGCAUGUAUAAGAAGUGUAGCAGCAGACUUGGCUGUAAUUGCCAACACAGCUACAGCUACUUGGACUAGGCAUUAGAAAAGUGACAAUUAACUGUGAAAUUUACAGGACAUUGGGGUAGAAAGCAAGUACUUAGUCAUUAAAUAAAUCAAAGUAGCUAUGUCCAAGAAGAAUUGUAUCCAAAAUUAGUUUUAACUGGACCGGUUUUCCAGGCUACUCUAAGGUGAUGCUACGAUAUAUUGGUUGGAAGAAUAAGUUUAUCUCUUGUUGAAAGUUCCAUGUAAAAUAUAUUGCUAAUAUUGUACCCCUGUUGUAAAAGAGAGUAGCCUGUUUAAAGAGUGGCGAUGUCACAGGGGAAAUGACUUAAGGUUACUCUUUAAUGUCUGAGAUAUACGUUAUGCUGUUGCAAAACAAAAGGGUUUUUUUUGUGCGCCCUUGGCUGUUGCUGUGAUCUGGUCCAAACAGUGGUAGUUAACUGUCAAGUACUUAAGUCCCUGCUCUUGUUUUGCAGAAGCCUUAUCACCUCUGGUGGUAUUUGACAUAUAUUUGAUAGUUUCUCACUAAGUUCACUGCCAAAUCAGGAAUAAGGAUCCUAAUUUGUUUUGUUCAUUCCCCUUCUGUCCCUGCCUCGAGUGAUGAAGUUUGUCGUCUUCUCCGCCUCACCUUCACUAAGAUAAGGAUUUUUUUAAAUAAAACUUUUGUUAGAUCUGGACUAUUUCCAGUAAUUAACCAUAUAUUUACUGCAAAUCCCCAACAGAAAAUGAAGCCAUAUAAUUACACAAAAAGAUAGCCAGUCUUUGGUUAUGUCAAUAACUGUCUUGUAGUCCAGACUUGGCAAAUCUCUGGUGGUGAGUCUACAGUUUAGUGUUAAAAAUGGUGUUAGAACUUUUGGACAAAUUGCCAGGAUUCUUAAUUAUGAUGGUAUCCAGUGUCUUUGAACUGGAAACUGAUAGCUGGACGAAGACAGGAUCAGAUUUGACAGCAAUACAAAGGCAAAAUACUGCAGGUGCUGGAAAUUUGAAUUCAAAACCUAAAAAAAUACUGUGAACUUACCAGGGCAGACAACAUAUGUGGAGAGAAACAGAGUUGAAGUUUCAGCUUGAGUGACCUUUCAUUACGACAGCUUGACCUGAAGCAUUAACUCUGUUUCUCUCCAUAGAUGCUGCCUGACUGUUGAACUUCAGCGAUGUUUUCUUUUGUUUCUAAAUUCAUGUUUGGCAAUGAGGACAGUCAGCUUCCAGGAUUCUGUAUUUAUUUAGUAUGAUCUCUGCUCUUGCAGUAUGCUGUUAUCUGAAAAUCAAGAUUAUUCUUUGUUUGAUUAAUCCACCAUUCAUGGUAUGAACUGAUUUUCUGCACUGUAGCCAGCUGCCUUGUAUAUAAACAAUUCAAAUCCAUCAGUAAGAUUCCAACCUCUGACACGUUCUCAGGAUAUAUCCCUUCAGAUUCCAGUCUUAUGAGUGUCUAUUUCAGUUACAGCUCUUUUAUGGUCCCCAGGUGUUUCAACCUGUUGUUUAAGACAACGGUUCACUUGUAAUUCCAUGCUAUGCAGUGGCUAUGUUUCAGUUUGUCUGGCCUUGCCAUUUGUAGGAUAAUACCACAUUGUUUGUUUGCCUUGGUGGCAGCAGAGAGAAUGCAGAUUUAAGUUUAUUUUAUCCAGAGUUUUCCCCUGCAUUGAAAGCCCAUGCUUCUGCCUUACUCUGGGGCACUCUGUUCCCUGAACCUUCCUUCAGUUGGAAGAUUUAGCUCGGAAUUCUGAUGCCUUUCUGCUGCAGAUGCAUUAAGCAAACCUGUGUUCUCAACUGCAGGAUAUUGCUCUAUUUGAAAGGUCUUGCCUAUUUCUGCUUUUAAAGAUUAUAUGACUGGGCCAUUUAUAGGGACAACUGUUGAACACUGCUUAAAAUGAUUCAUUCCUGUUCUUGGCCUGGCACAGUUCCAUGGCCAAUAGAGAUUGUAACAACCCAAGAAUCACUGCCAACUUCCCUGACCUCUUGUUGAGGUUAAUGAUUGAAUGCUGCCUAUUUUGGGUCAUGAAAAUAUUAUUGACAACUUACUCGGUGCAUCUGGUAUUGAUAGAUUUAAGUAAAUCAUUCACUUCUGACUGCCAAAGUGCUGGUGGUACUGUAACUUAAUUUUAUUCAUGUUUUGGGGAGGAGCUUGGGUUAAGCAACUCUUUCUACUGGUCCAAGACCACAUUUCGCAGAAACAGAUCCAGUGACUCUGUUAGUUUAAUGCUGCUGACCAAAUGUUUAGGAGUUGUUGAGAUUCACUCAUAACAAGAGAAAAUUGCAACCUUUGAACUGGAAACUCCCUUUGUAUUGCAUGAAACGUACAUAAAACAAGUAAAGCAGA